UAAGCAUAAAGGAUUUCUGUGUAGUUAGACAAGUGAUCUUCCCAUGUAUGUACUGCGCAUGCCAUGCCAAUAUGUCAAAGGUGAUCUUGGCCGGAUCCCAGCAGACCAAUAUCCUGCUUCUUUGAAAGCCCUGCUCAAUGUGAUGUACCACUUCCAAGUUCCGGAACCUUCUUAGUUUCAUCCGUAGGAACGCCGCCUCUGUCAGUUUUGUCUCCAAGAUGCCCAUUAUUGCUAAUUGGUGCUUCAGAAAGAAGUUCUGCACUUCCCUCUGUUUGGGGGCUUGGUUGAAGCCCCUCACAUUCCAUGAGGCAAUCUUCAUGUGGAGGUAGACGGCCUGAGCCGCCGUGCCGCUUGAUUUCUAGUUUGUACCCGAUCUUCCAUACCAUCCGCUGCACUACUUACCAAAAGCCCAACCUUUCUGUUUGCUGCAGAUUCUUGCUGUUUACCAGGCAGAAAUCUGUUUUUCCUCAUCUCAGUUUGCUCCUUUGUCCUCUGAUGGCCGGCUGGUUGCUGUUUAUGACUUCGCUGUUGCUUGAUAUCUUUCCCUCUAAUCCCAGCAUGCUGUUUCCUAUCUGCAGGCUGCUGAAUUUCUGCUUCUGUGUGCUGUGGACGCAGAAUUUGAGUGUACCCAGCUGCAGAUAUCUGUCUCUUUGCAGAUUUGGCUCUAGUUUGCACUGUCCAUUGUGGCUCUGGAAGUGUGUUCAUUUCUGUGCCAUUUGCUGUACUGCCAGAAUUACUGCUGCCAUAACUGGAACCAAGUGACUCCUGUCUUGGUGUUAAGCAAUCACUGUCUUCUACUGAGUCUGAGCUUGGCAUGCUAUUGGAAUUAGAUUUGCCCUGUGCACCAUCAUUGACCACUAGCCGAAUACCUGUCUAAGCUUGAGAACUGUCUUGUGAUGCAGUAGCAGUUGGAGGCACUGCUCCAUUAUGCACUUCAUUGCCAUCUUGCUGUCCAGCAGUAUUGCAUCUGUUAGAAAUGGGGAUAGUGGGGAACGUGGCCCAUGUUCCCCACUACACAUAAUGGAAAUGUCCAUUAUGCCCCUAGGGUAUU